AGUCAGAUGAUUCAGGCAAUUCAUAACAGCGGAAUGACAAGGUUUCCCCUCUCACUCGCAAAAACAAAGCGUAAAGAAGAGUAACUUUCUAAGUCUCUGAAAGGCUAAUCAUCAUCUCCAGUAUUUCAUUGUCAUAGGCGGAUUGAUAUUUGCAGUGAAGUAUUCUUUGUUCAAUUGUUCAAAUGGAUUAUACAUCACAGUUGUUACAACACUGGAUUAUAAUGCAUUAUAGUGGGGGACAGUAAGAAGGAAUGAGUAAAACUGGAUUAUUCAUCAAGGUGACACCCAAGAGCUUGUAGAAUCCAACUGUUGGAGCCUAAGCUCACCAUGCUGUACUUCCAGGUGGUGAUUUUUUCAGCUACAGUGAUGCUGCUUUACUACUGUGAGUUUACUGACACUUUCAGUCCGGCACAGCAGGGCUUCCUCUGCAGAGACCCGGCUUUAACUAAACCAGAUCCAGGACCUGAACAAGACAGCCGAGUACAGCCAGUGAUCCUGUACUCUGUGCUGGCGGGACUGCCUGUUGUACUGAUUUCAGGUGUCGAGCUUGUCAUCUUCCUCCUCCACUGCAACUCCAACAUCCUAUACGAACAGGAGAAGGUUGUCGUCAUGGGUGACUGUUGCUACGUGAACCCUAUGGUGCGCAGGACCUUCCGUUUCCUUGGCGUGUAUGUCUUCGGUCUGUUCACAACAGACAUCUUUGUUAACGCAGGACAGCUGGUCACUGGAUGUCUGGCUCCUCACUUCCUGUCUGUUUGCCAGCCCAAUUACACAGCCCUUGGCUGCCUGGACUCGCCACACUUUGUCAGCCAAGAAGAUGCUUGUACUGGUGACCCUGAUGACAUCAUGAGAGCUAGAAAGACGUUCCCGUCCAAAGAGGCUGCUCUGAGUGUGUACACAGCAGUGUACCUGGCAGUGUACGUCAUGUCCUGUGUUGGUUCCAGAGGAGGAUGCCUGACUGCGCCACUCUUCAGCCUGUCAUUGGUCAGUCUGGCUGUGCUAACAGGCAUCAACAGAGUGGCCGAGUACCGAAACCACUGGAGUGAUGUCAUUGCAGGACAAGCCAUCGGGGGAGCGAUUGCUGUCUUCCUGGUGGUGUUUGUGGUUCAGUAUUUUAAAAAGAGAGCUAUGGUUUCUGUAAGUCCGUCGGACACGGCCUCAGCCAACACGGAGGACGCUUCACCACAAAGAACUGAGCACAUUGUUCCACAGAGCCCAGGAUCCUUCACAGAAGUUACAUGACUAUGAAUUUCCCCCCAACC